AUGAGAGAGACUCUGUCCGGCGGCCCGAACUACAAGGUUGCUCUCGGCCGGCGCGACGGCCUGAGCUACGCGACGGAGGAGGCUGUCCUUAGUUUCCUCCCUUCUCCGACCUCCAACGUAACCGCCCUCAUCGACGUCUUCACCGAGCUCGACCUUACCACCAAAGACCUCGUCACCCUCUCCGGCGCCCACACCAUCGGCAUCGCCCACUGCUCCUCCUUCGAGAACCGUCUCUUCCCCACCCAGGACUCCACCCUGGACCCGAUCUUCGCCGAAAACCUCUACCUCACCUGCCCCGUCAUCAACAUCAGCAGCACCACCGUCAUCGACAUCCGCACGCCCAACACCUUCGACAACAAGUACUACGUCGACCUCCUCCACCGGGAGGGCCUGUUCACCUCGGACCAGGGCCUCUACGAAGACUUCCGGACGAAGCCCUUCGUCAUCAUCUUCGCCCUCUGCCAGCACUUGUUCUUCGAGAACUUCGUGUACUCCAUGACCAAGAUGGGCCAGCUCAGCGUGCUCACCGGCAGCCAAGGCGAGAUCCGCCGGAACUGCUCGGCGCUGAACUCGAACCUCUCGUGGUAUGCGGUCGAUGGCGACGGCCACGACGGCAAGGUGUUCUAGGAUAAUACGUGUGUGUGUGUGUGUGUUUGCAUAGAAGGUGUUUGCUUAAAUGGCGGAGAGAGGGGAAGGGCAAUAAGGACGCUUGUGGCGGUGCUUUCAUGGGCAUCCAGUUUGUGGCUCAUCUGCUUUGUGGUUUGACGCACUUUGGAUAGGGAAUCGUAGUGUGUUUGUAUUCUGUCCAACUGUAGUGGUAUGGGGGCUCCAAUCAUGUCUCCAUAAGCUCACACGGACUUGAUGUGACGAGAUCAAAUGCAAAGGUCAGAGCUGAAGAGAUCGAGAUGAUAA